GUUAUUGCGGCUGCCUCUCGUCUGCUGCCCACAAUGGCCGCUCUUCGAUCCUCCUCGCGCCUGCUGGCCUCCUCCCGGCCGUUCUUGACCGCGCCCUCGGUGUUUGCGCGGUCCUAUGCCACCGUCGACCCUAUCUCCAAGGUCACUGAGGCCGCCUCGGCCAGCACCAAGCCUGUCCCUGAAUCGCAGACCUCGAAUGUGAACGAGCCCGCGCCGUCGAAACAGCCUCGGAUCAAGACCUUCCACAUCUACCGAUGGGACCCCGACCGUCCGACGGAGAAGCCUCGCAUGCAGACCUACCAGUUGGAUCUGAACAAGACGGGUCCUAUGAUGCUGGAUGCGCUGAUCCGAAUCAAGAACGAGAUCGACCCGACCCUGACCUUCCGCCGCAGCUGCCGAGAGGGCAUCUGCGGGAGCUGCGCGAUGAACAUUGACGGAGUCAACACGCUGGCUUGUCUGUGUAUGUACACGAAAAUGGUUUGUGGCGUUGUGAUGGAUGGAUGCUGA